AUGCCGUUUUUUAUACGUAAAACAAAUACCGAACCAAAAGAUAAAAAAAGAAAGAAAUUAUUAAAAGCUCAAAGUGGAAAGAAAAAAUCAAAAACUUCUACUGAUUUAACCAAUGGUCAUACAAAUAAAAAAACUAAAAAACAAAAAGAUGUUAUCGAUGAAAAUGAAGAAAUAUUAAGUGAUUCCGAUUUGGAUGAUGAUGAUGAACGAGAAGCCAAUGGUAAUGUUCGAUUAGAAAAUUUACUAUUAAAUGGAGAACACGACGAUGACGAUGAAAACAAUAUUCAUGAACAACGACUUAAACGAGCUAAGGAAUACAUUGAACAGAUAGCAAAACAAGAACAAGAAAGAGAAGUUGACCACGAUGUUGUUUCUGACCGUCUUCGCGAUGAUGUGCUUGAACAAGCUGGAAAACUUCAUCGUCAAGUCGCUUCAAGUUAUGCCGAACCAGUCCUUCUUCAUACUUGCCGUGGUCAUCAACAAAGUGUUACUUGUGUUUGUGUUUCUAAUGAUAGUAAAUAUGCAUUCACUGGAUCCAAAGAUUGUAGUAUUAUUAAAUGGUGCUUAUUAACCGGUAAAAAACUUCAUUUGAUACGUCGCAUUGCUAAAACUGAUGAUAAGAAUGAACGCGCACCUAUUGUUGGACAUUUUGAUAAUAUUCUUGCUAUUACUAUUUCAACAGAUGGGCAAUUCUUGGUUUCUGGAGAUAAAUCAAAUUUAAUUCAGGUAUGGAAUCCACAAACAUGUCAACAUUUAAAAACGCUACGCGGUCAUCAAGGACCUGUUACGGGUCUUUCUUUUCGACGAAAUUCUCAUCAAUUAUUCAGCUCUUCUCAAGAUCGAUCCGUUAAAAUUUGGAAUUUAGAUGAAAUGGCUUAUGUUGAAACAUUAUUUGGUCAUCAAGAACCAAUUCAAGCGAUUGAUGCCCUAAUGCGUGAACGUUGUAUAACUGCCGGUGGUCGUGAUGGUUCGUUGAGAUUAUGGAAAAUUGUUGAAGAAUCACAUCUGAUGUUUACUGGACAUAAAGGUUCAAUUGAUUGUGUAGCAUUGAUUAAUGAUGAACAUAUGGUCUCGGGAGCAGAUGAUGGAUCAAUUGCUCUUUGGUCUGUAUCAAAACGUCGUCCUCUAUUCAAUUUGCCACAUGCUCACAAAGCAACCUCAAUUGAUCCAUCUUUAAUACCAGCAUCAUUGCCAGAAGACUUUUGGAUAACUUCAUUGGCUUCACAUCGUUAUACUGAUUUACUUGCAUCAGGUUCAUUCAAUGGGAACAUUCAAUUGUGGCAAUCAACACCAGAAUUCAAUCAUCUAACACCACUUUUCACUUUAGCACAACUUGGUUUUGUUAAUGAUCUCAAAUUUUCAUCUGAUGGUAAUUAUUUAAUCGUUGCUAUCGGCCAAGAACACCGACUUGGACGAUGGUGGACAGUUAAAUCAGCUAAAAAUGUUGUACUCAUUUAUAAACUCGACAAGAAAUAG